AUGUCAGAAGCACCUGAAACCCAUUGUCCAGAAAACGGACCUGUCUCUUUUUUAAACUCCCCCCCACGGCCUCUUAGGCAAAAUUCGUGGCAUCCCUACCACGCUGUAACCAAAAAGAUAUGUUACAGCUAUCUGCAAGUGCUCUUGAUCUUUGUGCCAAUCGGCAUAGUCACAGGCAGUCUUCAAUGGGCCGAUGAGGUGGUAUUUUUGUCAAACCUCGUGGCCAUUAUCCCUCUGAUUUCAUGGACAAACCUCGCUCUCAGUCAGCAGUACGCCAGUUUAGGGCAGGUGGUUGACGAGCUGCUCAAAGCAAGUCUAGGGAAUACAAUCGAACUAAUUGUUGGACUGAUUGCAGUGAAGCAACAGCAAGUUCGAAUGUCCCAGUCGGUUCUGCUCGGCAGCACUCUCUGCUACUUGUUACUGGUUCUAGGUGGUUGUCUUUUCGUCGCGGGAUACGACAAGAAGAAACUCAGGUUUGACCUAACGCUAACGAGCAUCCUUUCCUCGCUCCUGAUGGUAGUGUCUAUUUCGUUGAUUAUCCCCACUAUCAUUGCCAUGUUCUCCUCCUUCAACUCCGAAGCCAAUGACGAAAGCGACAUUGUACUCAUCUCCCACACGGCGGCAGUUGUCCUAUUUACGCUUCUCUUUGUAUUUCUCCUUUUUCGACUUCGCACCCAUACCUCUCUUUUCGACACGGUGCUUUAUCCAGAACCCCCCCGGACCGUUCCCAAUCAGGACGCCACUCCACCAGAGCGAUAUCCUAUUUUUGAGCGCUUUCGUCCAUCUAUUAUUCUUCUAGUUGCCAGCUCAUGCGUUCUCAUCUGCGGCUACUAUGUUGUCGGCAGCGUGAAUGGAUUUUGCCAAGCUUCAGGAUUCAGCAAGGCAUUCACUAAUCUGGUUCUUAUACCCGUGAUGGGUAACUCCACAAAAUAUCUUACCAUCAUAGCGAUGUGUCGGACGAAUAAAGUAGAGCUGGGUAUCAGGGCAGUUAUCAGCAGUAUUUUGCGGUUGACAUUGCUCAUUGCGCCGUUCUUGGUUUUCCUAGGAUGGACCUUCGAUUUACCCAUGAGUCUGAAUUUUGAUCCAUUUGAGGCGACUGUGUUUUUUAUCAGUAUUAUGGUGACGAGUGGCAUGAUGCACAAUGGGGAAACGAAUUAUUUUGAGGGACUUAUGCUAAUGGGAACGUAUUUGAUUGCUACGCUUUCCUUUUAUAUGCGUCCAGCGGCGCCGGAAAAAGUUCCAUUUCAUUGA